AUUAAUUUAUUCUUGUAGCAUUUGGAUAGCGCCACUUAUUUUCAAAGUAAGAUUCUCUACCAUGACUUAUGAUUGGUGAACGAAGCUGUUCACUCAUGUCUCGACGGACAUCUGUAUAUGUGCUUCAGCUACAGCAAAAGUGAAUUUUUUUUAGGAUGAUUCCAGAACCGGUUGUCUCAUGAAUUCCUUCGUGGUUUUUCCAUAAGCAAUGGCUUCAAGUGAUAAUGGGAAUCAGAAAGAGCAAAUUGAGGAAUCCAAUGUCACUAAAACAAAGGGACAAAUUCCCCUUCACAUUUCAUCAUCACAAAGGGUGCUUCUGAACGGUGAAAACUCUCAAAGAAGGUCCCAUAGCAGCUUUAUGUCUCCUCCGAAUAGAAUAAAGUUUCUCAAAUUUGGCUCUGCAUCUGCCAAAUUCAAGCGCUUAGUAGAAGAGAGAGAUGAGGUUUCUCAGUUGGUGGCUUCUUCAAGCGGUCAUGGUUUACGAGAACGUCUGACAGGGGUUUUUGCAAAAAAAAUUGAUCAGGUUUCUCUGAUGAAAAUGUUUAAGGAAUGGAUUAGGGACCCAAUGAACAUGGCCCUUUUUGUAUGGAUCAUGUGUGUUGCUAUCUCGGGCGCCAUUCUUUUCCUUGUCAUGACUGGAAUGUUGAAUGCAGUGCUUCCUAAGGAGUCCAAGAGAAAUGCCUGGUUUGAAGUCAACAAUCAAAUUCUCAAUGCGCUGUUUACUCUUAUGUGUCUUUACCAACACCCUAAGCGAAUUUACCAUCUUGUACUUCUUUGUAGAUGGAGAGCAGAAGACAUUUCCCGACUCAGAAAGAUAUACUGUAAGAAUGGGACCUAUAAGCCCCAUGAGUGGGCACACAUUUUGGUGGUUGUUGUGCUACUCCAUAUCAACUGUUUUGCUCAGUAUGCCCUUUGUAGUCUGAACUUGGGAUACAGGAGAUCUGAGCGACCUGCUAUUGGAGUUGGGAUAUGUGUAUCAAUUGCAAUAGCAGCUCCGGCAAUGGCUGGUGUUUACUCCAUUGUUAGCCCUCUAGGGAGGGAUUAUAAUUCUGAAAUGGAUGAGGAAGCACUGAGACCAAUUGACACUGGUGAAAGUAAGAGGCCAGAGCAGUUGAGAAGGAUAUCAUUGGAGAAGAGAUAUUCAUUUGCAUCCGGAGAUGAAGAGAGAAUUGUUGAGUGCAGGCCACUCUGGAGUGGAGGGAUACUUGACUUUUGGGAUGAUAUUUCUCUAGCAUGUCUUUCACUUUUUUGUAGCUUUUGUGUCUUUGGGUGGAACAUGGAGAGACUUGGGUUUGGGAACAUGUAUGUACAUAUUGCAACUUUUCUCCUGUUUUGUAUGGCUCCUUUUUGGAUUUUCAACUUGGCUGCUGUGAAUAUUGAUAAUGAGACUCUCAGAGAGGCUCUUGGUGUCACCGGAAUUGUUCUUUGUGGUUUUGGUUUACUGUAUGGUGGCUUCUGGAGGAUUCAAAUGAGAAAGAGAUUCAAUUUGCCAGGUUAUAACUUCUGUUUUGGUCAACCAGAAGUUAGUGAUUGCACACUGUGGCUAUUCUGUUGUUGGUGUUCUCUUGCUCAGGAAGCACGCACUGGGAAUUCUUAUGAUAUUGUAGAAGAUAAGUUCUUAAGAAAGCAAAUGGACCAUGGUAACCAGUUGCCAAUAUCACCUUUACCUUGUGAAGAUGGGAUCAUCCAAUUUAGUUCUGGCCCCAGUUCUUCACCUGGGUUCAAUUCUAGCCCAACCAUGAGAUUUACAGCUAAUUCUUCAAGUCCCAGAAUGGUUUCAAAGGAACGUUAUAGUCCAGAGCAGCAGCUUUCUACGAUGAAAGAAGAGUUGUCUGUAGAAGGUAAAGAUGAAACUAUGAUUCCACCCGCUCUGUCAUUGAUACAGAGAGAAGAAACAUAAUUGAGGGAAAUUUUCAAACGUCAUUGUCUUUGUCUAAUGAGUUGUGGUCAUGUACACAAAUGCUUUUGAGAGCAUUGAAAUGCAUUAUAAUUUCACAUUUCUCAUACUUUCUCAUUUCUUUUUCUUGUUGGAUGAAUAUAUGUAAAUUCCCGUUCAGGAGUACUACACUGAUUUUCUAGAGAUAUCUCUUUCUUAGCAGCAUUAGUUUUCAAAUGAUAUGGCAAAUUUUGUUUAUAAUUGAAAUUGCUACUUGAUGUCUAUCC